UUUUUUUUACAUAGAUUGAAAGUUAGUCAUGCCACCAAAGAAGGCCGUCAAAGAAGAGAAGCUUUUGCUUGGUCGUCCCUCCAACAACUUGAAGAUCGGUGUUGUCGGCCUUCCAAACGUUGGCAAGUCGACCUUCUUCAACGCCCUGACAAACUCAUCGGCUGCUGCUGAAAACUAUCCUUUCUGUACCAUCGAUCCGGAAGAAGCCCGUGUUGCUGUUCCCGAUGCACGCUUCGAUUGGUUGGUUCAGCACUACAAGCCUGCCAAGGAGAUCCCUGCUUUCUUGACUGUCAUUGAUAUUGCCGGUUUGGUCAAGGGUGCUGCCAGCGGUGCUGGUCUCGGUAACGCUUUCUUGUCGCACAUCAAGGCCGUCGAUGCCAUUUUCCACGUUGUGCGUGCCUUUGACGAUCCCGAUGUGACUCACGUUGAAGGUGACUUGGACCCCGUCCGUGACAUUGAGAUCAUCCACGAAGAACUCCGUUUGAAGGACGAGGAAUUCCUUGCCAAGAACGUGGCUGAAUUGGGAGGCUCUGUCAAGCGUUUGGGCCAUGGUGGCAAUGCACAGGACAAGGCGCGCAAGGAAGAAUUUGCCGUCGUUGAAAAGGUGUACAGUCACGUCAAGGAAGGCAAAGAAGUGCGUCACGGCGUUUGGACCAACAAGGAAAUUGAAGUCAUCAACACCUUGCACCUGAUCACGGCCAAGCCUGUCAUUUACUUGGCCAACUGCAGUGAAAAGGACUUUUUGCGCAAAAAGAACAAGCACUUGCCCAAGAUCAAGGCCUGGAUCGAUGAGCACUCAAAGGGUGACUUGAUGAUCCCUUACUCGGGUGCCUUUGAGCAGCGCCUCUCGUUGAUCGAGGACAAGGAGGAGCGUGAACAGACCAUGAAGGAGUUGGGCGGUAACUCCAUGUUGCCCAAGAUCAUUGUCGCUGGCUACAGUGCUCUGCAGCUCAUCUACUACUUUACUGGUGGUCCGGAUGAAGUCCGUGCUUGGACCAUUCGUCGUCUCACCAAGGCUCCUCAGGCUGCUGGUGUCAUUCACACUGAUUUUGAGCGUGGUUUCAUUAUGGCCGAAGUCAUGAAGUACGACGACUUGAAGGAAUUCGGCAGCGAAAACCAGGUCAAGGCGAACGGCAAGUACCACCAAAAGGGCAAGGAAUACGUUGUGGAGGAUGGCGACAUCAUCUACUUCAAGUUCAACGUCACUGCUUCAAAGAAGAAAUAGACUCCUUUCUCCCUCCCUGUUUUCUUUUUGUUGCCAACCAUAUUUCCACAACUACUCUUUCCAUCCGCGUUUGUCCAUUAUACAUAAAAAACAAUAUCUCUCGCCCACCUUAAAAAGAAAGAAUAGAUCCUCACAGGAUGAGGUUAAUACACUACGUUUUCUUUUAUUAUCUCUUGCAAUUCAUGAAAGGGUAUGUGGAGUUUGUUGCCGUCUUUCGUCGACAUUGCUGUCGUUGUCAUUAUCAUCAUCAUCAUCAUCACCGAGUACUUCUUUCAUAACGUUGUCCUCGGUAACAUACAAAGUGUUGGCACCCUGGGCUG